GAACUUCUUGCAUUGAUCGUUUCCUUCAGCUCGCCAUCUGCUCUUAAUUAGCACAUCCAGCAAAGGCCUGAAGGGCUGGCUGAGUAGGAGCUUGAGAGAAUAUCGAGGACCGACAGAUUGCAAGCUGUCUCGAGUUUUCUGACAGAGGCAUAAUAAAAUCUGGCUAUAAUUCAAAGAAAAUCCCGACGAACAACCUGCUGCGAGGACUCAACGACCAUCUCUCCCGGGCUUCAAUCUCCUUAUCUUUCCCAUCACACUCGUGACCCGUCACCUAUCCAGAAGUCACGUCGAAUAUUUAGUGCACCCGCCCACCAUGAAGCUCGUGCUGCUCUGCAGCCUGGCCGCCACGGCGAUGGCCACCGACCUCCUCCUCCCGCUCUACCAGUACCCGGCCUCCACCGGGGGCGCGUGGGAUCCCAUCAAGGCGGCCCUGGCCGCCAACCCGUCCGUCACGGCUACCAUCAUCAUCAACCCCAACAACGGGCCCGGCGACGCCAACCAGGGCAUAGAUGACCCGCAGUACGUGGCCGGCACCAAGGCGCUCGCUGCGUUACCCAACGUCCGCCUGAUCGGCUACGUGCACACGUCGACCGACUGGGGCGCCACCCGCUGCAACGUCCCCUGGAGCUCCAUCACGGCCGACAUCCGCAAGUGGUCCACCUGGGUCGACCGCGGCGUGCCCAUCGGCGGCAUCUUCAUCGACGAAGCCCCCGCCGACACCUCCAACGACUGCGUCAACUACAUGCGCAACCUGACCACCUUCAUCCGCACCGACCCGGCCCUCCGCUUCGGCGGCAGCAACGCCUUCGUCGUCUACAACCCGGGCGGCACGGGGCCGAGCCUGCCGGCGUAUUACGACCUGCAGCCGAACCUGAUCGUGGCGCUCGAGACGUGCUUCACGGUGCCCGAGCGCGCGGGCGAGGACUACGACCAGUGCCCGCGCGCGGGCGGGUACGAGCCCUACGAUCACGCCGGCCCGGGCCGCUCCAUCGACGACGUCCUCUUCCCGGCCGCCGGCGCCGCCAACGCCCCCCGCACCGCCGUCCUCGUCCACGGCUUCCACGACUUCAACGGCGCCCCGGCCAACCUCAGCGCCACCCCCGCCGUGCUCGACCAGCUGGUCGCCGCCGUCGUCCAGCGCCGCAUCGGCGCCACCUUCUUCAACACGGCCGGCUACCACACCUUUGAGGACGGCCCCGCCUCGAUCGGAAACUUCAUGGGCGUCUUGGCCGCCAAGAAUGCCGCAUGAGAUCAGGGGGGAUUAAUUAGUAGGAGGAUAGGAGAGAAAAGGGUGUAUGGAUGAUGAGGUCGUAGAGUGCUUGGACAGUAAUGAAUUAUAAUUGUUAUUCGACUAAUUAGUGGAAGAACUGAGAAACAGGCCAAGCCGCGAACCCAGAAGCGAAGCGAGCUCAGCCCCCUAGGUUUUGAAUGCCGUGGCUUCCUUCGUCCUUGCCAGUUCCUCCACACAA